GGGGGCCUGUAGUAGCGACUGCCUUCGGGGCCCGGGUUCGAGCAUUUCCGGGAGGCAUCGGGAACAAUCGGCGGGGUUUCCCGACCUCCGACCUGGGGUCGGAUGGACACAGCGAAGCACAUGACUUUGAGCAAGACACAUCUACUUACCAAGAGAGCUGUGUUUUUUAUACUACAAAGCCGGCAGAGCUAAGCUGCAGGUGAGUUUAUUACUUAUUUGCAUAAACUUAGUACCCGCGCGGCUUCAGUUUAAAUGUUGCUCUAUCGGGAAGAAUACAUUUUAGAGUGGGAUGAUACCUGUAAAUGUGAAUAGUAAGAGGUUGAAAGCGAGGCCAAAGUUCCAGUAGCAUACAGAGUCGCAAGAUCACCAAGUGAGAAUUUUUUUCAAGUCUAUACAGCUGCCAUAAACAUUCAACUACGUAAAAACAAUGAUGCCAUGGGGAAUAACCUUUCCUUGCACAUGCAAAAACAAUACAAAGCAAUGCCCUCACAGUCGCCCUGCAAUUCUAGCCAGCACACUCAAUGCCUCAUUCAGAAUGCACCUAGAGGGCGCUUUUGCAACAUACCUAAGAUAUGCCGUUGAUUUUGGACUUGUUGAACCAGUUUCUCCAGAAACAGAAAUUAAUCUUCAGUGCCCUUGCGGAUUGGUGAGGUCUUUUGUAGAGUAUGAUGACAAAAGGAAAACUUCUGGAAGAGCGAGAUUUCUGAGUUCCCCUGCUUUUGCUAUUAGAACAGGUAACUGAAACUGGAAAGUUUUAAUAGCAGCCUGUUGUGAUUAGAAAAUUUAAUGGACAUGGUUGAAUUUGAAAGUACUUGACAUUUCCACAGACAGUAGAAUUAGAUCAGAGUCUUUAGAUCAAUUAUAUAUAUAUAUUUAUCUAUUACCAGCUUCAGCUUCUUGAGCACUGUAAAAACUAUAACUAACUAGCCUAGUUGAAAUCUGUAGACAAUGUAGGCCUACAUCUGGGCCUACAUGAUGUUCCAUUAAUUCAUUAUCAUCAUUAUGACAAUGACAAAAUCUGAAUCGUAUACUGUCAAGCCUCAAUUUUACUCACCAAGUUUAUUACAAAGAAAUUCAAACCUGCCAACCAAGCUUUUAUCACCAGACACCAACAAGCAUUGUCAUCCUCUGUUAAUUUACUUAGGUCUUGAAAGUUGAAGUCGAUUCUGUUCUGUUUUAGCCUGUUCCAUUCUAGUUUGUUUUAGAAGGGAUUUUUGUAUACAACCAACUCCAAGUGAGAUUGUUGAAAUAAUGAUGUUCAUUCUUCAACUUCCCUCAGAUAUAAAGUUGAAUGUACCAAACUAUGGUGAAGUAACAAUUGACAUCAGCUACGGGGGUGCCUUCUAUGCCUUAGUCUCUGCAGACCAACUUGGUCUUGACCUUGGAAAAUCUUCUUUCCAAAGCAUCCAGGCAGCUGGAACAGCUGUUACCAUGGCAACCAAGGAUGCAGUGAUCCUGGAACAUCCAGACAGUCCAGACCUCGCCUUCCUCUACGGGACUAUCAUCACAGAUGGAGAGGAUACUUGGAGCGAGGAGCCAACAACCAAUAUUUGUAAUUUUGCUGAUUCUCAGAUUGACAGAUCCCCCUGUGGGUCAGGUGUCACUGCCCGCAUCGCUCUUCAGCUUCAUAAAGGACUGAUAGAUUUGGACCAGACUAGAUCCUUUAGGAGUGGGGUCACAGGAACAACAUUCACAGGAAAAGCAGUGGAAAAGACAAAGGUGGGCUGCUUUGACGCAGUUGUGGUUGAAAUAUCAGGAAAAGGGCACUACAUAGGGGAAAGCACCUUUAUAUGUGAAGACGAUGAUGAAUUGGGAAAAGGAUUUGUUGUUCAAUAGAGGACUUUUUAGGGGUUGACUCAAAAUAAUACUGAAAUAAAAACAUUUGUCUAUUUUAUUGAGGACAGGUUCCAGUUUUUGUCUCGUCUGCAAAGCAGAGUGAGACUAAAGGCACCGCUUCUCCGAUGGCGAUGGCGGCUGCGUCAACAUCAAGUUUAUGAAAUGACAUCAUCAACUGAGAAAGUAUAUGGACCAAGUUCAUGAAACUUUUACAUAAGGUUAAUCAAGUAUUACU